AUUGAUCUACAUAAUAAUCAUUUCAUUACUAUAUCCCUUUAGGAUCGCCUCACUCUGAAAAGAUGGAAUUCGUCUUUAACAUUUAUUCAGUAUACUUUCUAGUUCUUGUAAGCUUUGAGGCUGGCACUAACUGCUCAUUGAUGUGGUGUGGUGUUCUCGUAUUACCAAUUAAGGUAGAAACCCUUAAUAUUUCCCGAAUUAACUGCUCAUAUAUGUCUACUCCAUACUUCCAUACUUUAUCUUAAUGACAUAAUGCUAUAUAAGCUAUGAUGAUAUUAAGUGAUCGUGCGCACUAAAUCGGAGUUCACCUAUAGAAAAAAAAAAUUAAAGAUAUUUCACUUGUAGAGCUUAAUUAAAUCUACUAUAAAUUAGAAUAAAAUGUCUGAAAUAUUAAGUAUAUCUCUAUCUCAACCUUCUAAUCAUGUGAUAACACAUUUAUAUAAUACUCAAGAAUCACAUAUACCUUAUACAAAGAAAGCUCCAGUUAAUUAUACUAAUGGAGUAUUUCUUUCAACAUCUUUACAAAAUGGAUAUACUAAUUAUUCUCCAAGAGCUAUAAUAUAUGAUCUUCAAGGAGGAUUUGGAUCAUUACUGAAAUAUGAAUAUCAUGAUCCUAAGAAUACUUUUAAUAAUAUUAGUCAAUCUCAUCAAUUAUUUACUAAUACUAAUGUUCUGAUUAUACCUAAAAAUCAAUAUCAAUUAAAUCUUGAUAAAGGUAUUACUGAACAAGAUUUAUUAACUACAUCUAAUACUAAAUAUUGGAGUGAUUAUAAUAAAUUAAUAUAUACUCCUAAAUCAUUGAAUACUAUUCCAAACUUUAAACAUAAUUCACAAUCAUAUGGAUAUCAUAAAAAUUUUGAAAAUUUAAAAUUUGAUAAUUUUAAAGUUGGAUCAGAUGAAUUCUCAACUAAUUUAGAUUAUGUUGAUAAUCAAAUAGAUAAUUUUAGAUAUCAUUUAGAAAAAUGUGAUUCUUUACAGGGUAUUAAUAUAAUUAGUGAAUUAAAUAGUGGUUGGAGUGGUUAUACAAAUGAAUUUUUAACAACUAUUAUUGAUGAAUAUUUUAAUAGUAAUCAUAAAAAUAGUAUUUGGUUAUAUGGAUUAAUAUCAUCAAGAAAUAUUGAUACAUCUAAGGGUUCAUCAAAAUUACUUUCAACUAUAUCACAAAUUAAAAGUUUAAUUGAAUUAAAUAAAAAUUGUUCACUUUUCUUUCCUAUAAAUAUGAAUCAAAUACCUUCCAACUCCAACGCAUUAUUAAAUGAUAAUUAUGAUAAUGAAAGUCUUUGGCAUUCAGCAUCAAUUUCAUCAUUAUUUAUAAAUUCAAUAUGGGGAAUCAAUAAUCAAUCAAAAAAUCUGACAUCUAUGAGUAUUAUGGAAGAUAUGAUAUUACGGGGGUAUGAGAAUAGAAAAAUUAUAAAUGAAAUUAAACUUAAUAAUCUUGAAUAUCCUCAAAUUGGAUUAUCUCAUAUUAAUAAUUUAAUUUCAAAUGUUGAUAUAAGUAACUAUUAUAAUGAAGGAAUAUCACCUCAACAAGCUUCUUUAACUUCUUCAGAAUCUUUAGAACUUAGUGUUCCAUCAUUUAUUCCUAAUUCUACUAAUUACAAAUCUUCUACAAAGUAUUUUAUUAAAAAUUAUAUUGUACCUGAAGAUCAUAAAGAAAUUGAAAAACAUUUAAUUGAUGAUAAUGAAGGUAAUGGUAUACCGAAAAAUCUUUUUAAGAAUAGAGAUAUGAAUGAUAUAUUAAAAGUAGAAACCUUCCCAUCAAAGAUUUUAAAAUCUCAAGAUAAAUUUACAUUCUAUUCUGAAUUCAAUAUUAAUACUAAUCUUAAACAAGAUUUAAAAUCAUAUCAAAAACUUAUUCGUAAUAUUCAUCCAAGUAGAAUUGAUGCCAUGGAAAUUUUAGAUGAUAAAGCAGAAUUAAUUGAAGAUAUUGAUUAUUUAAUUGAACAAUAUACUAUUGAUUAUGAAUUAAGUGAUGAACUGGAUGAUGAUGAUAUCUAAUAUAAAAGGGA